GGUUCCGCGUCAGUCUCUAGUCCGUUGUCGCGCGAUCACGUCCGUACGACCUUUCUCUGUGCGUUUCACUCGUAGCCGCCGCCGCCGCCAAUUCACAGUGUCAGUCGUCUGUGCGCUCCUUACCCGUUUCGCAGUGUUUUGUGCGCGUUUAUUUUACUUGGUGUAGUGCGAUCCGACUAGUGUGCGAUAACCGCGUCCUUACUACCGUACCGUCGUCGUUAUCACUACAGUUUGCGUCGAGAGUAUUAUGCUCGUCGGCAUUCGUCAGUGGCGUUCGUGGUGAAUUAAUACCAUAUUCCUGAUUUAUUGUUAUCGUCGUCACCAUGUCGUCAUCGUCGUCGCCUCCGCCACCGUGGUUGCUACAAAAAUUAUUCGGUGACCCGGUCGUGCCUAGCAAAGGUGGAAGAGUUAAACUGACUGACGUUAACCGUCAACUAAUUUGCGUCUUAUGCCUCGGAUACUUGGUAGACGCUACUUCCAUCGUCGAAUGUCUCCAUUCUUUUUGCCGGAGCUGCAUUGUACUGCAUUUGGACAAGAAUAAUUUUUGUCCGAUAUGUCGAGAAGAUAUUCAGAACAGCAAAGUUCUCAAGCCCGAUAAAGCAUUACAAGACAUCGUGUACAAAUUAGUCCCGGGACUAUAUCAUUCAGAAAUGAAACGUAGACAAGAAUUUUAUCAAAAACACCCUCACAGAGACAUGCAUUUACAACCGGAAUGUCGGGGUGUAAGUGUCGAUCGAAUCGUAUAUACAGCUGAUGAAUUAAUUAGCCUGUCAUUGGAAUACUACGAUAAAGUAUGUGAAGAAGAAAUGUGGAAAAACGUCACGGAUGAUAAAGGCUUACAGUACAAAGUGAGAACUGAUAAGCCACAACGAUGUAUUGUGAGGAAACGUUAUUUGAAGUGUCCCGCAGCCGUUAGAAUGUCGCAUCUCAAGAAAUUUAUUCGACUGAAGUAUAACCUAAAACCUUGGGACAAGGUUGAAUUGCUGUACAGAAGAGAAAGCCUACCAGAAGAGUACUCGAUUAUGGACAUCGCAUAUAUUUACACAUGGAACAGAAACGAACCUAUGAGGUUCUUUUACAAGAUUAAUGCACGUAUGAUGGUGCCCGUAAUAUUGCCGACGGAUAAACGUAGUACAACAUUGACAGAUGUCGUAUCCACAGAACCCGUAUUAUCACCGGUACCUAACACUACCAUGGAAAUGACCCCAUUGUCACCACAAAUAAACGUGUCGGGUCUUACUCCGAUCGUCGAAUCGCUAGAAGAAGAUAAGAAAAAAACUGUACCACAACUUUUGAAACUAUCGGUCACCGAAGAACCAAUAGUGCUUGAGGGAGGACAACAGUCCAAAACAGAAUCGAGCCUAAAAGAACCGGUAUUAAUGAUCGCAACAACUGAUGUAUCAAAAAAAGAUCGUCGAUCAUCUCCUCCUCCGCCAAUAGAACCACUGAACCCUCCCAUAUCGCCAGAAGGUAGUUCGAGGAAGGAAAAUGUUUCAGAUAACGUCAGGAACAAUUGUGCCAUUGAACUGUCGAAAUCAGUUCCCUCAGUGACUAUAGCGAAGGAAGAGGAAAAAUGUGUCGAUCUUAUUGAAAAUCAACAAACCGGCAGUACAACUGCCGAAAUACCUAUGAAAAAACUGGAAAAACUAGUUGACCAGCAGCAAAUACUGCCUGUUGCUAGUAAUCCUCCACCUUCUGCUCUACCAUUGCCGAAGAAACACACUGGUGUUGGUGAAUCCAAGCUUAAUCUGUCCAUCACGAAACUGAUCAUGAAGAACAAGAAUGCCUCAGCUGCUGCCAAAUUCGUUCCUACUUUGCAGCAGAUGCAACAGAUAGGUAUGCAUACAUCCAUACCUAGCUUUCAACAACAACAGCAGCAACAAACUUCGUCUCUACAACCGAAUGCUUACGUACGCCCUGGAUACCCUGGCAUGCAUCCGUUCAAGAGAACUCUGGAUGGGGUGCCUAUUCGGAGCCAAGCGUCUACCAAUCGCCCGCCUUUUAUACCGGUGCGCAAGUCUUAUGAGUGGAAUAAGGCCAGAAGCUUAGCGACCAAACCACAUCCGUCACCCGUAACGAAUUCGGUGAAAGACAACAAGCCGAAUGAGAAGUCACCUAUGACGGUGGUAGAAAAUCCGACCAAGAAACCGAUAGCUGAUAAACUUCCUCCGACUGUCACCAAUACUAGUAUGUUGUCGAAAAAUUUGGACGAAAUGAACGCCGCGCAAAGUCUUUUAAAAGUUGGCCAAGAUCUUCGACUCUUAAAACCGUCAACUGUCACCGAUUUACAUGACAAGUAUAACUGUGAAUCGUCGCUACAAAUAACCAAAGUCACAGAGCCAGAGACUAAUCAAUUGCCGGCCGCUCACGAAAAUCACUCGAAUUCUCAGCCAAGCUUACAGAUAAUGCGUGUGCCUACAGCCACAGAUAAGUUAACGAAACCUACAGCAACUACAGAAAUUAGCAACGGUAAUAACAGUGGCAAUACCGUAGUAGUUCCGAUCAAGCCAGUCAAUAAGAAACCCGUACCAAGCCUCUACAGUAUGCCAACGAAACGGACGAAGGAAGACACUAACGUACAACACAACAACGUUACAGACAACAAUCGUAUAGAGAGGCGCGUGGACACGGAAAAUGGCGUUCUUAGUGUUUCCCUGUUAACCGAGACUUCUAAGCAAGAUAUGGAUGCCAAGCGUCGUGAAGUCGUACAACCGGACGUGUCUAUAAAGCUGAUGACGUUCGCUACAGAAUCGGUGAAGAAAGCGCCGGAAUUGAGUCCAAUCGCUGGUGGUAGCUGUAACAGCAAGAAAAAUUUGGAUGAAUUGAAUGCCAUCGGUAGCAGUGGCGCUAACAACAAAAAGAAAUUGGAUGAAUUGAGUCCUAUGGUUUGCAAUGGCAUCAACAACAAGAGAAAAUCUGAUGAAUUGAGUCCCAUCGUUGGCAGUAGCGCUAACAACAAGAGGAAGUUAGAAGAUCUGAAUCCUAUUAGUGGCGGGGGCGUCAACAAGAGGAAACAAGAAGACCCCGAACGGAAGGUGACGCCUCCAAGACUUGGACUGAAUAAGGAUGACGUACCGCAAUUGAUCGAGAUCAACUCGUCGCCGUACGCUAAAUUGUUGCCUACUAAAAAACAGCAAUCUACCCCAAAACAGCAACAAGUAUCGAAAUACCAACCUGUUACAAAACAGCAUUCAGCUAUGAAACAGCAACCUACCUCAAAACUUCAACCGGCGACCAAAGUCUUGGACUUGUCCAAGUCUCCACCAAAUGGCUGCGUAAAACGAUUAGCUGCGACCGACGUCUCCGGUAAUUGUUCUUCGCCAAACACGAAGAAAUCAACCAGCUCUGUGCAAAUGGUACAGUCAACAAUGCCCUCAGCUACUUCGGCGGCCAUCAACUCUAAUCUUUUGUUUGCGGCCCAAAGGCAGGCCGCCGCAUACCUAUUGAAACAACAUUUUGAAACAUUGAACAAUGGACUUAUGCGUAACGGUGGCAAAGGACCCGUCGAGUGGCCUAGAGCCAUGUUUAAUCCUGCGCUAUUCGCCAGGCCACCUACUAACCUAAACAAUUAAACGGUGACCUUUUAAGAGCUAUUAUUAUUAUUAUUGCUAUCGUCUCCUUCAUCUUCUUUUUUGAUAUCGUGUAGUGAAUCUAUAGUUAGUAUAUUUAUCAUUUAUACUAUUGAAUAGUAGUUAUUAUUUAAUAUUAGUUAGCCUAUCAAUAGGCAUGUACAAAAUGAAUUAUUAUUUUUUUAUUCGUUAAUACUAAUAUUUAAUUCCUAUUUUUGUUGACGAGCUCGGUAUGUUAUGUCAAAGCUCAUAUGUAAAUUUUUUUUUAUGUAUAUAAACUGUACAAACAAGACACACAUGUGAAAAAAUGAUGAUAACACUGCAUCAUUAUGCUAUUAUUUACACUAUUAUAUUAAUAGCAGACUGUUUCCCUAUAUUUAUCGCAUUAUAUAUUUUUAUUAUACGUACAUUUACAUAAAUCACACCAUGUAUGUUGCUUAAACCACGACAAUAUUGUAUAGCAAUGAUAUUUAUUAUUACUAUAUUUUGUAUAAACCAAUAAACCGAGGUAUAUAUUAUUAUAUUUAAA